AUGGCCCCGAGCUUCCAAUGUUCUCCCCGUUGGGUGCUGUUGGUGUUCCUCUUGCUCGUAUGUUUGGGGUGUAUCAACACCUGCGCAUUUGAGGCAUCUAUCGACUUGGGUCCUGCUCAGAGGCGCUGCAUUGGAGAACAGCUCAGCAAACAUGUGUUGAUUGUGGGGGAGUUCCGCGUGUCUCACCCUGCUGCUACAGUGCCCGGCGGCGCUGCAACGGGGCCCCUGUUGAUGCAUGUGCACGUGACUGAUCCUGCAAACAAGACUCCUGUGUUUCAGCAGAGCAGCAGGGACCGCAUCAAGACCGGCUUCACGAGCACCAAGCCCGGUGUGCACAUGUUCUGCGUGAAGAACUUGUCGCAGCAGCAAAUUACUGUAGACGUGCAGCUUCUGUGGGGCCCAGCAGCACGCGACUACAGCCAAUUGGCAAAGGCAGAACACAUUGACGAGGUGAUGCUGCAACUGCUACAGCUCCAAGACAAACUGAAACUUUAUCACAACAACAUCCUAUUCAUGAGAGAGCGCGACGAACAAAUGCGGCAGCAAAACGAGCAAACCGCCACACAGCUGAUUCUAUUCUGCGGUGUCAACAUCUUUCUGCUCGUUGCCUCAAGCGUAAUUUCAGGUUUCUUCUUCAAACGCUUCUUCCGCUCCAAGAAGAUCAUUUGA